AUGCAUAUUCUGCUGCUCUCCGUGUAUGGUGAGUGUAUAGGCGAUUAUUACUCAGUGUUAGGAAUUCCUCGCUCCGCGUCAGAGAAAGAGAUACAGAGAGCUUUCCUCCAGCUUGCCCUCAAGCUCCACCCCGAGAAGAACCACAGCCCGAAUGCACAACAGCUCUUCAUACACUUUGCUCAAGCCUAUGAAGUGUUAUCUGAUCAGGAGAAGCAGAGACUAUAUGACCAAGAAAAACACUGGGACCAGUGCAGUAAGAGGAAGGGAAAGCAAGCUCUGACAUGCAGUCUCCAAAAGUACAACUAUAGCUACAAUGAUUUCCUGACAUUUAGCCUGGAAGACCUGCUUGAGGUUCUACAGAUGGAGGAAGAUGAAUUCAUGGCAGUAUUUGAUAUGCUUUAAGG